AUGAAUGAGAUUAAUAAUUCUUCAAUUCGAAAUACACUAUACUCAAUCUAAGAAAUUCCUUCAAAUAUAUACUAAACUAAUUCUGAGAGUGUCUUUUUUUCAGAUGAUGGAUUUUAUGAAGCAGAAAAAGUAAUUCAAAAUUCAACUGAAUAUAUGAAAAUUACAAAUACUUCAAUCUAAACUCUUGUCUUAUGUAAUCCACUUCGAAAUCUAGAAUUUCUUAGAAUCAAUUAUAAAUUCCUAUUUACAUUUGAUAAUUAAUUCGUCAUUCUUAUUAGAUCAUACUAAAAUAAAAGCUUCUAUUUCAUUUAAAACUUAAUCGAUAAAUAUUGUAAAGAAUUUAAUUUUGACUCAUGUUAAUUUGUUUAACUUUGGAAUUAUAAUCAAAAUAUAUAUUUGAUUUUAUCUCACUAUUUAACAAAAUAUCUUUAGCUUUAUCAAAUCGAUAAACAUAUGAAUAUCAAUCUAUUAUCAUAAUCACCUUAAUGGGAUCAUCUCUAUAAGAUUAUUCACCUAGAUUCUCUAACCUAAUAUAAUCCUUGCUUUUUAUUGGUAAAUACCUAUGAACUUCGAUUAUUUUGUAAAUUUAGAUUAAAAGCACUUAAAUCUAUAAUUGUUAAAGAAAUCAAUCAUAUUAAAGCUUAUGCUUAAAAAAUAUUGAUUUUAAAACCGAGAUAUGAUUCCUUAGAGACCCAUUUUUAUUAAUUAACUUGUAAUAAAUUAAUUCGAAAGUUGCAUACAAAUGAUUAUAGGAAUUCAUUGUAUAAUGGAAAAUUUCUUUAUUUAUCAAAUAUGAAUACGAUAUAUGUUUAUAAUGUUGAAAAUGGAAAAUUAGUAUUCUAGGUUAAUACGUUAGAGAAUAUAGAAAAUCUUAGAAUUUUUGGGGAAUAUUUAGCUUAUAAAAAUGGUUUAUUAUAUAAGGGAUGGAAAAAAGAAUAAAAUUAAAGUAAAUAAAUUUGUGAAAAAGUUUAAUAGUGAAUAAAUAUGUAUAAGAUAUAAAAGGAAAGGUAUUUGACAUAUAAUUGCAG